AACAUUCUUACGUAUCUACCUAUAUAUAAACAACUAGCGUAUCUACGUUCCAGUACCCUCUUUCACUCCAUCUCUAAAAUCUUCUUCUUGGGCUCUUCUCUCUUUGCUACUAUCUCUCGUCCCUUCUCCGAAAUGGCGUUACAGAACGAGGACAAUAAGAAAGAAGAAAACAAAAAGACAAAGAAGAAGUGGCAGAAAAGUUACUUCGAUGUGUUGGGAAUCUGUUGUCCGUCGGAGGUUCCAAUUAUCGAGAAUAUUCUCAAGUCUCUGGAGGGCAUCAAAGAAUAUUCCGUUAUCGUUCCGACUAGAACGGUGAUCGUAGUUCACGACAGCCUCCUCAUCUCUCCGUCCCAAAUUGCUAAGGCACUGAACCAAGCUAGGUUAGAAGCAAACGUGAAAGUGGACGGUAAAACCAGCUUCAAGAACAAAUGGCCAAGCCCUUUCGCGGUGAUUUCCGGCAUACUCCUCCUCCUCUCCUUCUUUAAAUUUUUGUACUCGCCGUUUCGAUGGCUCGCUGUCGCAGCCGUGGCCGCCGGUAUUUAUCCGAUUCUUGCCAAAGCCGUUGCUUCUAUAAGAAGAUGCAGGGUCGACAUCAACAUCCUGAUCAUUAUAACUGUGGCUGCAACACUUGCAAUGCAAGAUUACAUGGAGGCAGCAGCAGUUGUCUUCUUAUUCACCAUAGCUGAGUGGCUUGAAACAAGAGCUAGCUACAAGGCGAACGCGGUAAUGCAGUCUCUAAUGAGCUUAGCUCCACAGAAGGCAAUAAUAGCAGAGACUGGAGAAGAAGUUGAAGUAGAUGAUGUUAAGGUUAACACAAUUGUAGCAGUUAAAGCCGGUGAAACCAUACCUAUUGAUGGGAUCGUGGUUGAUGGAAACUGUGAAGUAGACGAGAAAACCUUAACAGGAGAAGCAUUCCCCGUGCCUAAACAGAGAGAUUCUACGGUUUGGGCUGGAACCAUCAAUCUGAAUGGUUAUAUAAGUGUGAAAACAACUGCAUUAGCCAGUGAUUGUGUGGUUACCAAGAUGGCUAAGCUCGUAGAAGAAGCUCAGAGCAGUAAAACCAAAUCUCAAAGGCUAAUAGACAAAUGUUCUCAGUACUAUACACCAGCAAUCAUCUUCAUAUCAGGUUGCAUAGCGGCUGUUCCGGCCAUAAUGAAAGUUCACAACCUAAACCAUUGGUUCCACUUAGCACUAGUUGUGUUAGUCAGUGCUUGUCCAUGUGGUCUUAUCCUCUCUACACCAGUUGCUACUUUCUGUGCACUUACUAAAGCAGCAACUUCAGGGCUUCUGAUCAAAAGUGCUGAUUAUCUUGACACUCUCUCAAAGAUCAAGAUCACUGCCUUCGACAAAACCGGGACUAUUACCAGAGGAGAGUUCAUUGUUGUUGAUUUCAAGUCACUUCAUGGAGACAUAAGCCUACGCACCUUGCUUUACUGGGUUUCAAGUGUUGAAAGCAAGUCAAGUCAUCCAAUGGCAGCAACAAUUGUGGACUAUGCAAAAUCUGUUGAUGUUGAGCCUAGGACUGAAGAAGUUGAGGACUAUCAGCUCUUUCCAGGUGAAGGAAUCUAUGGGAAGAUUGAUGGGAAUGAUAUCUACAUUGGGAACAAAAGGAUUGCUUCUAGAGCUAGGUGUUCAACAGUUCCAGAGAUUGAAGUUGAUACAAAAGGAGGAAAGACCGUUGGAUACAUCUAUGUAGGUGAAAGACUAGCUGGUGUAUUCAAUCUCUCUGAUGCAUGUAGAUCAGGUGUUAUUCAAGCGAUGAAGGAACUGAAAGAUCUUGGAAUCAAAACCGCUAUGCUAACUGGAGAUAAUCAAGAUGCAGCUAUGGAUGCUCAAGAACAGCUAGGGAAUGCUCUGGAUGUUGUACAUGGAGAACUACUUCCAGAAGACAAAUCAAGAAUCAUACAAGAGUUCAAGAAAGAAGGACCAACUGCAAUGGUAGGAGACGGUGUGAAUGAUGCACCAGCCUUAGCCACAGCUGAUAUUGGUAUCUCCAUGGGGAUCUCUGGCUCUGCGCUGGCAACACAGACUGGUGAUAUCAUUCUAAUGUCAAAUGAUAUCCGAAGGAUACCACAGGCCAUAAAGAUAGCGAGAAGAGCUCGGCGCAAAGUUGUCCAAAACGUAUUCAUAUCCAUCAUUUUCAAAGUAGGAAUACUGAUUUUGGCAAUUUGUGGUCAUCCUUUGAUUUGGGCUGCGGUGCUCGUUGAUGUGGGGACUUGUCUGCUGGUGAUUCUCAACAGUAUGUUGUUGCUGCGAGAGAAGGACAAGAGCAAGAACAAGAAGUGUUACAGGUCUUCUGUGUUGAAUGGUAAGAAACUUGAAGGAGAGGCGGAUGAAGAGGUGGACUUGGAAGCAGGCUUGUUAUCAAAGAGUCAAUGCAACUCAGGAUGUUGUGGUGACAAGAAAACUCAAGAGAAGGUGGUGAUGAAGAAACCAAGUAGUAAGUCCAGUUCAGGCUAUGAUCACGCUGGUGGUUGCUGUGGUGAUAAGAAGACUCAAGAGAAGGUGAUGAUGGUGAAACCAAGUAGUAAGUCCAGUUCAGGCCAUGGUCACUCUGGUGGUUGCUGUGGUGAUAAGAAGACUCAAGAGAAGGUGGGGAUGGUGAAACCAAGUAGUAAGUCCAGUUCUGACCAUGGUCACUCUGGUGGUUGCUGUGGUGAUAAGAAGACUCAAGAGAAGGUGAUGAUGGUAAAACCAAGUGGUAAGUCCCGUUCUGACCAUGGUCAUUCUGGUGGUUGUUGUGGUGAUAAGAAGCAAGAGAAUGUGAAGGUGGUUGUGAAAGAUAGCUGUUGCGGUGAGAAGACUAAGAAACCAGAUGGAGAUAUGGGUUCAUCAAUCUCAUGCAAGAAGUCUACUCAUGUCCACAAUGACCUCAAACAGAAAGGUGGUUCAGGUUGUUGUACUAAGGACAAGGAGAAAGCAGAGAAAAAUGUAGAGAUGCAGAUUCUUGGGGAGGGGUUAAUUGAUUUGGAGAAAGGUCUGCAGAAGAAGGCUGGUGAAACUUGCAAGACAAGCUGUUGUGGAACUAAAGAGAAGGCUAAGGAAACGUCUUCUCUGGAGAAGGAUGUGCUGAUUAAGGAGACAGUGAAACAAACCGAGGAGAUAGCUCUGGCUGCUGAGGAAGAGACAGGUAGUCUUGAUUGCUGGUUGGAUAGCAGCGAGAACAAGACCACAGUGAAGCAAAGCUGCCAUGAGGAGACAAGUCUAGACAUUGAAGCUGGUGUAAGUUGUGAUCUCAAGUUGGCUUGUUGUGGUAGCAUAGAAGGAGGAGAAGUGAAAGAGAAACUUGAUCUUGAGAUAAAGAGUGAAGGACAAUGCAAGUCUGUUUGCUGUGGUGAUGAAAAGCAAACCGGAGAGAUAACUCUGGCAUGUGAGGAAGAGUCAGGGUGUUGCGGAAACAAGGAGGAAGUGGGACAAAUCUGCCAUCAGAAGGAUUGUCUAGAGACUGAUCUCAAGUUGGUUUGUUGUGGAAACACAGAUGGAGAAGUGCGAGAGGCAUUUGACCUUGAGAAGGGCAAAGGAGAAUGCUGUGGCAAAGAAGUAACACAAAUCUGUAGUGAGAAGCCUGUUAGCAAAUCCCCUUGCUGUGGAACUGGUUUGACGCAAGAAGGGUCGUCUAGUUCGGUGAAUGUGGUGGAGAGUGGUAGCAAAGAGCGAGAGAUGGUGAAGGUUCCUAGCCAAAGCUGUUGCACGAGUCCUAAUGAUCUGGUGUUGCAAGUGAAGAAGGUAGAGAGUUGUUGCAAAGUGAAGACUCCAGAGGCUUGUGGAUCUAAAUGUAAGGUAAAAGAUAAGCGUCACAUUGGUAAAAGCUGUUGCAGGAGUUAUGCCAAGGCAUAUUGUACCCACAGGCAUCAUCACCAUCACCACCACCACGGCCACCACCAUCACCACCAUGUGGGGGCUGCUUGAUGGAGACUGUGACUGAAUAGCUUUGAAUCUCAGACGCAUCCAUCUAUUCACGUCACCUUUCCUCUUCAACUAGUGUGGUCGAGAAAAUAAAAACAUGUUUUUAUUGUUUUCAGCAAGGACUAGAUUUAGCAACUGGGAUUCAUGAGGAAAAUUCUAGGGAUCCUUGUGUCUUUUUAUGUUUUCAGAUAAUAAUCCUACAGUACUUCUAUCUUUUAA